AUGGCUGCCGCUCUGGACCCAGAUGAGGUGCUUCGUUCUUCGAAAGGGAGAGAUAAUUAUCAGCGUCUAGCUCGGCUUUUGAUAAGUGGCGGUACUGUACUGUUGAGGGAGGCAUUUGACAUCAAAUGUCCACCAAGUAAUCUUUCCACAACACUUCAGAAUCCAGCCACGAAGAGGCUACUUAAGGCAGCAAGGCUCACCAAACCACAGAGGGACUGCCUGUACCCUUCCCCAGGGAUGUACGGAAAGUCAACAGACUUUGAUAUAACUCUCCUUUUCCGGUUGCUGAGGACAAUAUGCGGCCUUGCUCCUCCUGUCACGGGCUGGGAUGCGCUACCGACAAGUACAGAUGACAGUUUAGAAGCAGAUUUAGCUAGAAUCAAAUAUUACCGCAAUUCGAUAUAUGGUCAUGUGAACGAGAACAUGGAAAUCUCAGAUGACGAGUUUUCAGUUCUUUGGAGAGAACUCAGCGAGGCUCUGGUGAGAGUUGCGGGUCAAAUCAGCCCUGCAAAGGCAAAAGAAUGGCAGAAUGCUAUUGAUACAUUUUUAAAAGAUCCUCUCACAGAGGAAGAAAAGAGAAAUGAGCAGGAAUUGCAGCGCUGGUACCAGAAUGAUACAGAAGUAAAGAAAUACCUGGAAAAGGUAGAAUCUUCAAUGAAGCAUUUGGAGAAAGAAGCUCAAUACGUAAGACAAAAGGUUCGAGAAGAAGCGCAAGAUAUUAAAGAUGAAGUGCAACGCUUAGGACAAGACAUCAAAGAUGAGCUUGGAUGGAAAGUAGAGUCUACAGCCCAAGAAGUGCAACGCUUCGGACAAGACAUCAAAGAUAAGCUUGGAGGGAAAGUAGAAUCUACAGCCCAAGAAGUGCAGCGCUUGAGGCAAGAGUUUCGAGAUGAGGCCCAAGACAUCAAAGAUCGAUUGAAACUGGGUAGGCGACCCAAUUCCUCAGCUGGAGGUCAGCAUGUUGAUAUUUACUGUAUAUCUAUUACUAGUAAAGUAUUUUUCCUUUUACAUAAGCACUUACGUAACGCACAAGGGUCACCUGUACGGUGCACGUUGUACACUUUUUAUGACAGAAAUGGCUUCAUAUAUUUUUGA